CCAGUCAGAUCUAGUCACAGAUCGAUCUAAAUUUUGUCAUUAUUUCAAGAUUUGUUCAAAAUUUCCCGAUUUGUUGGACUUCUUAAGCGGCGAGCGGCUUGCAAUGCGUCGCUUCCGUGUCAAACGCCUUGGUCUUCAACCAGUUCUUGCAGCUAUGCGGGUAGUGCUCAGAAGUGUGCCGGCCGGACGGAGAUGCUGGACCGCGGGCCCUUUGCCACGCAGUUGGAGUACCAGUCGAGACUGCAGUUUAAUGCACCCUGCUCAGGGUUUCCACUGAGUGGCAUCAUUUGCACCAUUGGACCGGCCUCGAACCAGCCCGAGGUUCUGGUGGAGCUCAUUCGCGCCGGGAUGCGAGUGGUACGACUGAAUUUCUCGCAUGGCUCACACGAGUACCACAGCCAGACGAUUAAGGCGGCGCGCAAGGCCAUCGAUAUGUACGCCAAGCAGACGGGUGUGUUCAAGCCGGUGGCCAUUGCUUUGGACACCAAGGGGCCGGAAAUUCGAACGGGCAAAAUAGAGGGCGGCGACACAUCCGAAAUCGAACUGAAGCAGGGCGAUUCCAUCAAGCUAUCCACCAACAAAGAGCUUCAGAAGAAAUGCAACGCGGAGAGGGUUUAUGUGGACUACAAGAAGCUGCCGAGUAUCAUCAAGACAGGGGAUCGGGUGUUCAUUGACGACGGACUGAUCGCCCUGAAGGUUAAGCAGGUCGCUAGCGAUGAAGUAACAUGCGAGGUGGAGAACGGAGGCAAGCUCGGUUCGCACAAGGGCGUGAAUCUGCCAGGCGUGGCGGUGGAUCUUCCUGCCGUUUCCGAAAAAGACAAGUCGGACUUGAAGUUCGGUGUGGAGCAGAAGGUGGAUAUGGUUUUCGCCUCGUUCAUACGCGAUGCCCAGGCACUAGCCGAGAUACGCAAUGUGCUGGGACCGGAGGGAAAGAACAUCAAGAUCAUUUCCAAAAUCGAGAACCAACAGGGUAUGGCGAACAUCGACAGUAUCAUCGCUGCCUCCGAUGGCAUAAUGGUGGCUCGCGGAGACCUGGGCAUCGAAAUACUCACCGAUGAGGUGCCCCUGGCGCAAAAGGCAAUCAUAGCCAAGUGCAAUCAGGUGGGAAAACCCGUUAUCUGCGCCACCCAAAUGCUAGAUUCGAUGAUCGGAAAGCCGAGACCCACACGGGCCGAGGCAUCAGAUGUGGCCAAUGCCAUCUUCGAUGGGGCCGACUGUGUGAUGUUGUCGGGCGAAACCGCCAAAGGAAAGUAUCCCGUCGAGUGCAUCAAGUGCAUGGCGAAAAUAUGCUCCAAGGUGGAGGCGGUUCUGUGGUACGAGAGCAUCCAGAACAACGUGAGGAGCGUCGUACGGAUGGCGCCAGCUAACCAAAUAUCGGCCGUGUCCAUGUCAAUCGUUGAGGCGGCCACCACGGCCCAUGCGAAGGCAAUUAUCGUAGCCAGUCCGUGUUCGAUGAUCCCGCAGCUGGUUAGCCAGAUGCGCCCUGCCUGCCCUAUCAUUAUGCUCAUCGGUUGCAAGUCCCAGGCUCGUCAGUCGGUGAUCUUUCGCGGUGUUUAUCCUGUGAUCAUUGAUGAGAUGGCCACGGGCUGCACGGACUUCGGGCAAAUCCUGCAGAUGGGCAUCAAGCUCUUGCCCAAACUGGACAUAAUGGAGCCCGGCAAGAAGGUAACCGUCGUUAUUGUAGACGCAAUGAGGGCCGACAAGAUCAGCUUUGGCCUGUUCUCCGUUCGGCAGCAAACCAAAGCUGAGAAGGAAAAACAGGCCGGGGAAGGCAAAAAGAAACAGCCAAAAAAGUGCAUUAAACUCCUCGGAGAUGAAAUAAAAAAUGACCAGGCUAAAAUAAAGCAAGAAAAAUAAGCAUAUCAUUAGCGAUAGUUGGCGCGACAUUUGAAAAUGUAAGCAAAUAAAUUCGACAUUCACACGUAAUCGCAAUUAUAGGCGGUAAAGAAAA